AUGGCGGACGCUAUAUCUAUCGAGGAGACAAACCGGAUUCGAGCUUCACUUGGAAUGAAGCCUUUAGCAGUACCAGGAGCUGCAGGUCCAGUUUUCAAAGAGGCCCCAUCUGCACCGGCAGAAGAUGUCGGCAGUACAUUAGAAUCGCGACAAGCUGAAGGCUAUGAUAACUAUCGAAGGUUACAAGAGGCUGAUGAGACUAAGAGAAAACGAGAAGCCAAAGCAGAAGCCAUAAAGAAGGCGCGUGAUACAGCCAAACGAUUUGCGAAACUCGAAGGCAAAGGUCUGGGAGAAGCUGACGAUGAUGGCGAUCUGGAUGCUAAAUCCUGGUUGAUGAAGCAAAAGAAACGGCAAAAAGAGAUUGAAAAGGCAAGAAAGAAGGAGCAGGAACGUAUCGAUGCAGAAGCUGCGGCAGCUGCCGAAUAUACUGCCAAAGAUCUCGCGGGCGUUAGAGUUGGGCAUGAGCUGGAUACAUUUGCCGAAGGGGAGGAUCAAGUUCUCACAUUGAAAGACACCACGAUCGACGAAAAUGAAGAAGAAGGUGAUGAACUGGAGAAUUUGGAUCUACGUGAGCGUGAGAAGCUGUCUGAUAAGUUAGAGCUCAAGAAGAAAAAGCCUACGUACAACCCAAAUGACGACUAUGAUGAGACCGGUGAAAAGAAGAUUUUGGCGCACUAUGAUGAGGAAAUUGAUGGCAAAAAAGGAAAGAGAUUUACUUUAGACGGUAUGGGCAGUACUACUGAAGCCUCGUCAGGAAAUCUCGCAUCUACCAUCAAGACAAAAGCCAAAACCUUUAGCCUUGACAUUCUAAAAGAUGACGAGCCGAAGUCUGAUUACCUUGAUAUCUCCGAUAUCAAGGUCAAGAAACCGAAGAAAAAGAAGGCCAAGUCAACACGACAAAAGGCGAUUGAUGAAGACGACGUAUUUCCCGAACCUGAGCCUGCUGUCUCAAACGGUGACAAUGCUGACGCAAUGGAUGUUGAUCAAGGAUCUAAGCCCAUUAAGAAACGAACUUUCGAGGAUAUGUCCUUUGUUGAUGAUGAUGAUUUACAAGCUUUACUUGCUACCCAACGAAGGAAUGCAUUGAAGAAACGUCAAAAGUUACGGCCAGAAGAGUUCGCUCAACGACUACGGGAGGAAGCAUUGGCAACUCCCGCAGACAACGAGGAAGGUAAUGAUUCAGGACUUGUGAUUGAUGAAACUUCCGAGUUUGUUUCGAAUCUCCAAAAGCCAGUUGCACCAGAUCCUAAACGAAGACCAGUAUCCCGAACGGCAGAGGCCGUCACUUCCAUGGAUGCCGAUUCUGAUGAUGAUGGGGAUGUGCAAAUGAACGAAUCGUAUGCGAAUAUAGAGGAUGAUGAGGACAGACUUGCUCGAAUCAAACGUGAAGAGGAGUCGAAAGAUGGUAUCGCCAAUAAUGGGUUAGAAGAGGAAGCCACUCUCGAGAAAGGUCUAGGCUCUACCUUGAAACUUCUGAGAGAAAGAGGUAUCCUCAAGACUGCCGAGUCUGGUGAUGUGGCCACAAUUUUCCGAGAGAAACAGAUGUUUCUCGCUGAAAAGCAACGACGUGAGGCAGAAGCAGAAAGAAGAGCGAAGAUGCAAAGAGAGAGAGACCGUGCCACAGGUCGUUUGGAUCGUAUGUCUGCUCGUGAAAGAGAAGAACACGCUAGGCAACAAAAUACUUUACGAGAUCAACAAGAAUCGCGACAACUUGCUGAACACUUUAACAAGGAGUAUAAGCCUAAUGUAGAACUAAAGUACAUUGAUGAUCACGGAAGAAAUAUGAACCAAAAGGAGGCCUUCAAACACCUAUCGCAUCAAUUCCACGGCAAAGGCAGUGGCAAACAAAAGACCGAGAAAUUAUUGAAGAAGAUAGAAGACGAGAAACGAAGAGAAGCUCAAAGUUCACUGGAUGGUAGUCAAAUUGGUGGUAUGACUGGAGCGGCAGCACAACAGUUGAAGAAGAACAGACAAGCCGGUGUAGUGGUCUUCAUAUUUUUCAUCAGACGUACGGUAAGUCAGUGUUAUGCUAUGCUUCACCUUGAUCGUUCAUUCUAUGCUGUCAGUAAGGGAGCUUGUAUGUGA